GUGGUUGUCUGGUGUCACUCUACAUUUUAUUCAGGGCAAGAGGUUUUCUAUCGAUCAUGUCUGUCUGUCUGCUUUUUCCUUUUUUCCAUAUACAACACAAAAACAUAAUUAGAGAUCACAAUGAUUUUUAUAUAAAAGCAAAAAGGAAAAAGAUUUCUAACUAAAAGAGUUUGUCAUCUAAUCUAUGUCCAUCAAAGAGUUCAGUUUCACCUACUGCCCCUAUGGAAAAAAAAAAGGUAAAUUAGUAAAUGAGGUCUCUUUAUUUUUUUUUUUUUUCGUUCUUACCAACAGGUCAAGUAGCGUCGAUUUUCAUAAUAUCAUCGUUUGCUAUGGAAGUAGCAAUCACUUUGUUAUCUAUAACUGUGUUAGUUUUUUAAUAAUCACCAAGACAAUCCAUUUAGAUCAUACCAACUAUAUAAAAAAGAAAAAAAAGAAAGAAAGAAAGAGGGAGAGGAAGUUAAUAACUAUGAGUGGGUAUUGAUGUAGUGCAUUAGAAAUAGAAAAGAAAGAUUAAAAAAA